ACUCCACGUUGCCUCCAAUAAUUGGACGUUGAAACUUGAAACAACGUAAACGUAUCUGUGUGGUGAUUGUAUACUAGUAUAUACAUAUGUACACAUACAAAAACUUUUCUCCUCCUCUUUCACUUCAUCAAUUGCCUUGUCAUUUCAUGAUUUCCGACGAAAUGGAACCUAGAAUCACUGACCUUCAGAUUCAAUCGGUUUGUACAAACCAGAUGUCCUCUGCAAUCUACCACUACCAGUACCCCAACGACCACACUGAAGAGCUAAACAAUGAGAACACUGAAAAGAAACCGUACAAUUGUCCCCACUCUGGAUCCAAGUGUAAUGUCACAGGAGAUAUUCCAUGGCUGCUUUUGCAUCUAAGGAAUGAUCACAAUAUUGAAAUGCAUGAUGGGCGUAGUUUUAGUCACAGAUAUGUUCAUCACAAUCCUAAACAUCUUCAUCACGCUACUAGGAUGUUAACCCUUCUGGAUUGCUUUGGUCGACAAUUCUGCUUAUACUUCGAAGCAUUCCAUCUGAGGAAAACACCAAUGUACAUAGCCUUCGUGCAGUUUAUGGGAGAUGAAGAAGAAGCAAUGAGCUUCAGCUAUAGUUUAGAGGUCGGAGGUAAUGGCAGAAAGCUGACAUGGCAAGGCGUUCCUAGAAGCAUUCGUGACAGUCACAAGACGGUUCGUGAUAGUCAAGAUGGCUUAAUCAUCACUCGCAAAUUAGCUUUGUUAUUUUCGUCAGACAACAACAGUAACAAAGAACUGAAGUUGAAGGUUUCAGGUCGUGUAUGGAGAUAACAGUGACGAUUACUACAGCCUGUUUUGUUUUGCAUUGGACAACUGAAGUUUUUUUUUUUGACGAUUUUGGACAACUGAAGUUUAUAUAUAACAAAUAAGCA